AUGAGGAUGAAUGUGAACUUCUUAUACACUUUAAUCUUGAUUCUAUGGGCUGGUCCCCUUGUACAAGGUAAACCUGUUGACAUUGGUGGAGAUGGAAACCAAGCGGAUGUCGAUACUAUGCAGUUAUGGGGUGAACAAGGUCCAGUCGUAACCGAUAUCUUACAAGGACCAGAUAUUGAAUGUUGGCUCUUGGCAACUUUGGCCGCUUUGGUCAAGUUGAACAUGGCCACCAUAACUAACAUAGUCAAAGAUAUCGGUAUUGGUGAAGGAGUAUACGGCGCCAAGACUGAUCAAGCGGAAGUUACUCUGCUUAACAAAGAUGGCAAGACAGAGAAAAUCAAAGUAGACAAGCAGUCCUCUAGUGCAGGGACAGCUGAUCACUUGACUACUUGGUGGCCAGCAGCUAUAAAGCGGGCAGCAAUGAACAUGGGUGGAUAUGAAGGUUUAAAGGAAAAUUCAAUCGAAUAUGGUUACGCUACCAAUGCAUUGAGGAUGCUCACCGGUAAAUCAACUUCAUUUAUUUCUGUUACCAACACAGAAGACGCUUGGGAUUGGAUUAAACACUCAAACUCAAGUCCGAUCUUAGUUUCCACCAAAGGCGAUACCAAAAAACUGAGAAAAAAUCACGUUCUCGCUGUCAUGUCUUAUGAAGGCGAUGAUACGGAAAACGGAAGAGUAAGAAUACGCGACCCCUACAACGGAGUAGAAUGGUAUGAUUUGAAAGAUAUCGUAGAUGAUAUAAAAGAGAUUGCAGGUCUUGCCGACUUCGCCAGUGUACCAUGA